UCGGGCAGGUGGGCAGAGGCGGUGCGGUGGCAGAGGGAAGCGGUUCAGAUGGCCUCAGAAGGGCAAAGAGAGCAUCCAGAGCAUCCACAUGAGCCUCCUGCACCUCCUAUUCAGGGUGGCAGAACAUUUCAGUGGGGAGCUAUCCUUGCUGCAGUGAGAGAUCAGCUCCCGUCUCUGGACUCCGAUGCCUCCACAUCUGACUGUGAGAGUGACGGGGAGCUUUUCAUCUUCCAGCGGGAACACCCAAACUUAGUUCCUGACCUGUCAGAAGAACUGUUGGAGUUCUCCUUGGAAGACUCAGAUGGACAGCAAACCCAGGAAACAGAAAGACACCCAUUGAAGACAUGGAAGGGAGAUGUGGAAAGUUUUGGCUUUCAGAAAAAAAGAGAUGGUGCCCAAGUUAUUGCAAACAAAGAUGUACGAAUGCGUAGAGAUGAGACUUCCAAUCUUGCCAGCCUCGGUGAAAAAUUUCCAAGCCAAAAGGGAGCUGUUCUUGAAGAGUCUCUUGCACAUUGCACAGAUGACCUUGAAGAGAAAGAACCAGGCAAGGAAAGAGGCAUCUCUUGGCUUAAUCCAUCAUUGUCUGUGGAAGAGCUAGACAGUAAAAGAGUCAAAAAAGAGAGAAGAAAGCUGAUAGAGACAAAGAUACUCUCCAAAAUAAUCCUUGAGCCAACACUGGGCCACCCAGGCCUAGAUGUCAAGCCUCAUGGAAUUAGCAAUAUUCAAGAAAGAAUUGCUAAGAAAGAAACCUCCUCAGCUCAUCAUCUUCUAGAACCAACCCAUUUGUCAUUGCAGGAUAUGCAGAAAUGGGAUCUAGACAAGAUUCUUGAGAAGGUGGAGCAGGAGAAAGAUAACGCUCAUGCAGAAGUGGCUUUUUCCUCAGCAGAUCAUGAGACCUUCAGGAGCACAUCUGAAAAUCAGCUCAUGGAACAGCUGGAAGAGCUGUGUGCCAGGACAGAGUCUCCACGCUGCAGGAGGCCAUCAGCCAAGCUUUCCUCCUUUCAAGAACAGCAGGAGAGUAAGAAGGAUGUUGCCUUGCUAUCAUCAGCUUCACAGAGUUCUCUGAGGGUGGACACAGCGAGAUUACGCCUCUCAGAGCCUGUAACCAUGUACUCUGAUUUAAGGGGUGCUAAACUACAGAAGUCAGUACCAUUCCCUGAUGAGAAACAAAGUCCAAGCGACAGCUCCAGUGAAGAAGAAGAGACAAUGACAACUCAGGAUGAAACAGAAAGGAGAAUGAGGAACUGCUCAGCAAAAAGCUUCCUACUGCAACAACUCCGUACAGCCCAUAAAGAAGCCUCAGGGCUUCUUCAUAAGCCAUCUACCCUGGCUGAAACCCCUGAAGGCACAAAACAGGAUUCAGAAAGUUUGGAAGAGAUAGAUUCCUCUAAAAUAAGACAAACCCAACAUUUUAAAGUGAGACAAGAGACAAAUAAGAUGAUUCCCAGGAAACUGAUGGGAUUGAAACCAGAGGAAAAAAAUACCUCCUUGUCAAGCCUUGGGGGUAGUGAAGCUGCCAUAGAGAAAGAAAACAGCACGGAAAUUGAGAAGGUUCAACAUUCAGGAAAUGCUCCAGAGUGUCCUCUAUCUGCCACUGAACUGCCAAGGACAGAAGAAAGUAAGACAGCACUAUCCCAAAAGGAAGAACAGCUGACAGAGAGACAGAGGAGACAAAGAUUCCAGGAGCAGCUGGAGAGGUUGCAGCCUCAGCAGUCAGUUACUGGAAAGCAGCCCAUGGCAGAGAAAACCCCCGUGUUGUUCCACAUGGAAGCCUCUUAUUUGCCAGGCAUUGACCCACUGCCUCGACUACAGAGUGUGAAGAAUGAGGUGCUGCUUAUGACCAUCAGGCUGUCGAGUUGUGGCCAAGUAGCUAUGGACCAGCACGGUGGGCAGGUGCCUGACAUGGUGCUGAGAGCAGCCAACAUCUACCAGGCCCUUGUGACGUGGCUUCUGUCUCUGGUCCCUGAUGUGAAAACGGAAGGUGGACCCAAAGCUCUGUUUCAGGUGGUAGGGCUACAGCAGGCCUGGCGAGACGAUGGUCUGGCCAUAUACGCUUGUCUUGUGCCAGCAGAUGAGUCUUCAGCCCAGACCAUCACCGAGAUGAAGACUAAAGAAGAUCUACAAAGAACAUCCAGUUUUUACCAGAGGAUUUCUGCAUUUCUAGCCUGUACGUGGCUUACAGAUGUUGUCUUCUGGAGAGCAGAAAUGGCCAAUCACUUCCAAAAACAGCUGUGUCCACUUCUUCCUGAGAUUCCCUCUGUUCUGCUCAGUCACAUCACUGCUGUUAAUCCAGAUCCUCAGGCAGUGGAGAAGGUGUUUGCAGAGCCAAGUGGAUUUUACUGGCAGACAGCUGAAACCGAUGAAAAAUACUUCCCUGAUGGUAGUGACAUCGAGGCUUGCAGAGAUACAGACACCGAGGUUGCCAUGGUGUUACUGUUUGAAACUCUCUUCCGAAGUCCCCCGGCUACCCAUCACGUGUUGCAGCUGGUACUCGGUGCUGGUCUGGAUGUCUGUGGACUCCGCCUGCUCUAUCCCCGGCAGGACGUGCUGCUCUCUAGCUCAGAAAAGCUGCCUUCUUCCUACACUUCAGAGACUGGCAAGGUGCCACCGGUGCUGGCGUUAGGCGUGAGAGGACCCAAAGCCUGUAGUGCCUUGCAGAGCAUCCUCGGGCCAUCUGACCCGCGGCUGGCUAGCGUGAUGGACUGUGGUUCCAUCAAUGCCAGGAGCCACGCAGAGCCGCUCGUCUACCUGCCCCGCCUGGACAGCUGUGUGCACAGAGAACUGUGCCUCUGGUUUGGGGGGAGAGCUGAUGUCCCGGAUCCAGAUUCCCGAUGCGACAGAGCAAGCUCUCAGAGCCCUUCAUCAACCAGGGCAGAUGCAGAGGAAGAAAAGGUUGAUCUCCAGGGUGUGAGGCUGUCUCGACCUCCAGCGAUGCUUGUCUCAACUACCAAAGGGGAUGUAAUUUUGGUGGUGUCACCUGUGGUAUCUCCUCAUGCAUAUGGUAGUGUGAUUUCAGUCUGUGCUCUUCGAGGGUUUGUUCUGCAAGGAGUCAGGCAGCUGCAGCUCUCACCCCAGCAAGCCGUUGUACUGAGCAUGACAGCAAGUCAGAUUGCUGUAUUUUGCCCUAGCAAGAUUUCAAGUUCACCUGAUAAUUCUGCAAGAGGAGAGGUCACUGCUGAACCACGCCUGCACUGUCUCACUUUGUUACCGAGGAAGGAGAAUGCUAGUCAUCAUGUUCCUGCACUGAUAAAAGGGCUGAUGAACGGACUGGCAGAGCGAGGCCUCCUGGGCGGCGGGCAGAGCAGCCUCCCUGCUGCCGCGGGGCUGGACCCCUCCGAGUGUUUUCACGCAGCUCCUUACACCGAGACCUUGCUGCAGACACUGGGAGGAAACCUCAGUGCGUUGCCAGACCACCGUAGCGUGCCUCGGGAUCUCUUCUGCAAUCGAAUGUAUAUGUCUGAUCCUGGAAUGGAGGAAGUUGUCAUACUGACGGUAGUUGGAAGGGACAGUAUGAAGAGCGCCGGAGACCUCCUUCACCACAUCCUUCUUCCUGGGUGCAACAAUCAGUCUUGGAGUGCAGAAGGACCUGAUUCAGGAUUUGAGCUCCUAGGUCUCAAGUGGUUGCCCCAUCUCACUCCAUGUCAGGCCAGAGAAAUAACCCCUUUUGAGGUUGGAGAUACUUCCUGGCAAAGAAGUCUUGAUAUACUGAUGUCAAACCCAGUCCUUGUGUGCGCAUUGCGGCGGAUCAACGCCUUCAAAGUUCUUGCAGAUGAAUUGAAGAGACUAGCGCAAUGCAACGAGAAGCUGGGCAAAAGUGGCAGUCUUCUACAGACUGUAAUGUCCUUGACCCCAGAGGUGAUGUUCAGACAGGCCAUCCUCUUCUUCACAGAGACGGAUUUUGUAACUGAUGCAGAGCACCGCCCUGCGAUGAAAUACCUGCCACCACCCAGCAAGAGGUCCCGGGCUGGCGGGACAGAGGGACGGAGCUGCUGUGCAGAGUCACUGCUUACCUACCUGCAAACAGGCGCCCAGAUUCUCUGCACUGUGUUGCUGAUCAAACCUGGUGCCUGGAGCCGUAGUCUCGCGAGGAUCCUCCAAAAACUAGACCUAGAACAAUUCCACGUGGUUGGGAUGAAACACGUAAACCUGGAGCCAGACAUUGCCUUAGGACUCCUCUCUUCUGAAGCAAACCAGGAUCCUGCUGUUUUAGAAGCUCAUUGUACCUACCUUACCUCUGGCGCUGUUCUCGUGCUGUGCCUUCAGAGGCCAAAUGCUGUGAAGAAGCUGAUAGAUUUACUGGGGCCGGAGGAUCCUAAACUAGCCCAGGCAUGCGAUCCGUUCCUCUGGAGGGCUCAGUAUGGCACCAGCACAGUCCAAAAUGGAUUUUACGGCUCCAAAUCCUAUCAAAUAGCUGUCCGGGAUACGAAGCUGUUUUUCCCAGAAGGACUGUGCUGCGCCGAGUGUCAGGCAUUAGAGGAGGAAGAGAUCUCUAACCUGAAACGUGACCCCAUCAUCAGUUUGGAAAUCAACAGGCGGCGCAAGAUCAUAAAACGUGAAGCAGGAGGGCAGCUCAAUUUAUUGGGCUCUGAGCAGCCAUGCGGGCUGGAUCGGCGCUUGCUUGGUAAUCUCUGCCAAACCACUUGCCUCGUAUUGCCCGGGAUAAUCCUUCGGGGUUCAGAACACCCACCUUAUAUCGAACUGCUUGAUCAGCUCAUUGGCAAAGAUUUCACGGUGACUGGAGUACGUCUCACUGUCCUGGAUGCACCACAAGCUCACUGCAUCUCUGAGACGCUAAGCAGGGCAAAGUGCAGUGUUGCAGCAAAGUGUUCCCUCUUAAUGGACGGUUUGUGCCUGGUGCUGGCAGCACAGAGAGACAACGCAGUCAUUUGCUUCGACUCCCUGCUGGACAGCAUCUGUCAACAGAAGCAGUCAGUCCUGGACACUGCACAGCAUCUCCUUUAUCCCAAAAAUGAGCAACAGGCUGAAGAGCUGCUCUGUUGCCUUUUUGACUCGCUGACAUCUGAGAGCAUCCACCGAAUUGCAUCCCAGGGUUGCUAACCAAGACGAUCAAGGCCCCCGGGGUGGAUGCCACUGCGGGUUCCAGAUCUCUUAUGGAGAGACUCCAUUUUCUGCUCCUGCUGUGCUCUUUGAACCAAAGACAAAGCUGCAGUAAAUAAAAUGGAAAUACUGUGAGGGAAGGUUGGAUCCCUGGAGAGUUCAGAACACCAGGCAGAGCUGUUGAGUAAGAUUAAAAACUGGACAGCUUCAUGUUCACUUGUCUCUGCUCCAGCAGCCCUGGCCCCAGCUCGCUGCGUUCCCCUGGGCACGCAACCCUGCCGCCUCCUCCUCCAGCAGCCACUGAUCACAGCGCAAUUCCUCCUUGGCCGCGUCCUUUCUGUUAGCUCUCUGGCAAGUAAGUGGGUGUUAAUACAAGGUCCUCAGUCUUCCUGGGACCCACUGGGCAAAUCCAGCUCCUUUGGGGAAGACUUUUCUCGGCAUGGUAGGUCUCCCGUUUCUAUUUGCCCUGCUAAGGCAAAGACUUAGACACGUGCCUGCAUCCAGUUUCAGACAUCAUGAAUGUAGCAAGAACAGCCCCAGUGCGCUCUCUAAGUGGUAUUAAGGCAGAGUAGCAGGCUGACCAGCCCACCUCGGGGUGCUUCUGGCAGAGUGAACCCCCUUCUGUCCACAGCCUUUCUCUCUGUGAGAGCUUGGUGCAAGUCCUCCUCCUCCCCAGCCAUUACCUCACACGAACUCUAAGAACAUAACACCUCUCAGAUCUCUAUCCCCUUUCAGACUGCUCUGAAAGUGUCCAAUGAGUCCAAAAGCUGUUAGAGGUCUGGCCCUGCAGCUCUGCUUCCAGCUAAGGACAGCCCUGCCUUGGUCUGUCCCUGUCUCUAAGGUAUCUUGAAACAGCAGCAAGAGCUUGUUGUGUGACUGGAGACACGGAGAGGGGACUUGCCCCAACCUCACGUGGCGCUUUGGUGUUAGAACCUGGGAUUACCCUCCAAAUCUCUGCUGCUGUUUUGCCUUUGGGCUUUAUGGUGGGACCAAACAUCUCUGGGAAUGCGUGCCCGCCAGGGAAGCAGGCAGCUGCCCCGGUCCCCAGGGAGAUCCAGGUCCUGAGAGUCAGGGAGACAGAAAAGCCUGCUCUGCUCCUGCAGCUAAGUAGGCCACUUCCUGCACUCCAGGCGCAUUUCUGUCAUGCUUGUAAGCCAUGUAUGCCUUUGAAACAAAUGAAAAUUAAAAGGAUCCACCCCCAGCACUCGGGGAAUUUGAUCUGAAAACAGGAGCACGUUGGAAUAAAGCGCAGCCAGAUAGCAGCUGAAAGACAGGGCCUGCAGAGCUACGUGCAAGAAAGGGGCACGCGGGGCCAGCAGCAGCCCUGCACCAGCCAGGCAGUGGCACGCGGGCCACCAGCACAGUGUCCAACUCGCCUGGGCCCUCCGACCUGGGAAAAGUGGGAUCACGGGGAGCUGGGUAGCGAGAGGUGAUGAGCUGGUGGCUGGCAGCUGCCAGCCUGGGGAGGUGACAUUGCAUUCGGACAAUCCUGGCCCUGUCGGGGCUUGCCAGCAGGCAGGAGCUUUCCGAGUGUCGCAGCAGAAAUUGAGACUACCGCUCUUAAAUAGCUAUGGAAAGAAACAGGACCUGGUAUGAAAAGCAUCCUGUACCACAUCCCCUUCCGGACAGCCCCGUUCCUGAGGCUGGUUCUUUGUGAGCUUCCAUCCAAGCCACACGCAGAGACCUGUGCCUCAGUUUCCCCUGUGUGAAGCGGAGGGAACAGCUCUGCCGCAUCCCCAGAUAUGCCGGCAACGUCAGAAUAUGGGGCAGCACCCAGAUAUUCUUAAGCGAGAAGCUGCUGCUGUGUCUUCGCUUCCUAUUUUAAAGCCCAGCUAAUUAGUCUCAGCGUAACAAACCAGCACGCCCUGCACAGAGCAAGGGAAAGAAUCAUCCUCUGAUAUUUCCAAAAUGCCAGGAUGCCAUAAAUAACCUCUCCAGCCUUUCCUGCCAGAGCACCCCACUCCUCUCUGGAAAGCUGACAACGAGGAGCUCCACGGACCCUGCAGAAAUCAAUCCCACCACCAGCUCCGGCAAAGGGAGCUACGGCUCACACGCUGCAUCCCGCCAGCCAGGAUUAGCUAAUCAGAACUGAGGAGCAAAUUAAUGAUUGCCAGAACUAGGAGAAAGGCAGAUUUGAUCCGAGAUUGCCAGCUUUGCAGCUGGCUCCUACUUGCAAACAAUUCAUUUAGAUUAUGAAAGCAAGAAAUUGAGUACAAAACCCCCUAGAUUGUUUAAUUCCUUGAGAAAGAAAAGAAAAGAAAUGGAAUUUAGAUUAAAAAUUAUGCAGAAUAGUAUUAAUUCCCCACCCUUUUGUGCCUCCCCUCUUGCUGGAAAACCAGAGCUAAUCAGAGUUUAGCAUUGUUCUGCUGCCAGUGUCAGGGCUGCCUCAAUGGAGGAGAGAGAAAAUACAGGAGGUGGCAUUUUGUGUUAACUCCUUAGGGGCCUGCAAUAAGAAAGAUGGGAAAGCCUCCUGUUUUCCUGGCUUAUUCCGGCUCAAUCAUCACCUCCCUUCCAUAGGCAAGUGCCUGGGGGUGCAGAGCAGCUCCUCACCCUGCGCAGAGCCCUGGGAUGUGGGCACGCUGGGGUUAUUUGUGUGCGAAUUGCUCGUUAGCUCUCGUGUGAGCCCAUGGAGCCAACUGGUGUCCCGAGGGAUGCAGAGGUGCUGGGUGCUCUUCCCUAUCGUGGGCGCAGGCAACAGUGAGCUGCACUCACGUCAUGACUUUCCAGCUCACCGUGUUCCCCUUUGUGCCAAGGAUAGAUUUAAUUAUCUGUUAGGGCUGGGAAUCGCUACCUGCCUGCCACCAGCAGCAGGAGACGCUGCUAUGGAGCCGGAUGAGCUAUCGGCAGUGCCAGGCAAGGUGCGCGCACAUGAUGGUGUUAUUCAUCGGUGGAAGAGCUGAACCAGCAGCCCAUCCGCUUUCCAGCUCUGCUCUGCCGGGAGCAGCUCACCCCCAUGGGGCAGGCACCGGUGGGGCCCAUCUCCGGGUGGCUCUGGCUCUGGGUUGGUGCCCCAUUGCUGCACGGAGAGGGGGUGACAG